GAGUGGUGCGAGACUGUUGGGACCUAUCGUUGCGUGGAGUACAAGGCGAACGAUUUCUCGCCGGAGAUGAGCGGCUGUGGCCUUUUCUCCUGCUGCAAGAGGAAGGUCAGCACUGUUCCAAGCGGCCCGCCCGCAACGUGCUGUGUGCUCUUCAACGACCUCUUGCUCAACUACACGGUCUCCCCAGAUCUGUCGAAGUGUUCGAAGUUCGGCUCCACCACCUUGACGACCUCCAUGGCCCUGAAGACGUGCCCUCCCCGGAAUCUCACUUUGGAGGAGUCCCGGACAGCUUCGCAGGCCCCCCCCUCGCCCUUCCCAACGGACCCCAGGAUCCAGGAGAGCCUGGGCUGGAGCCGCGGCCGCGUCGUCGAGGCCGAGGAGGAGUUCGAGAAGAGCGGCUACGAGCGAAAGGCCUCUCCGGAGACGUGGCACGAGGAUGUGGCCUACAGCAUCCUGGUGGACCGCUUUGCCAACGGCGACUUGUCGAACGACGAGGUGAACAUCCCAGACUUUCAGAGGGAGGAGCUGAAGGAUGGGCAGCCUUGGUCGAUACAUCAGUGGCGCCACGGGGGGGACUUGCAGGGCGUCAAGGGCCGUCUCAUGUACCUGAAACAGCUCGGUGUCUCCACGGUGGUCCUUUCCCCAAUCUUCUUGAACAGCGCCGGGGAGUACCACGGCUCCUGUACCUCUGAUCUCUCCAAGAUCGAUCCAGGCUUUGGCAGCCCGGAGCUGCUCCGGGAUCUCGUGCAGGAUGCGCAUGCCUUGGACAUGAGAGUCGUCCUGGAUGUUCAGGUCAACCACAUCUGUGCCAAGGGCAUGGGCUACACCACGAAUCCCGCAGUGGACUCUGUCAGUCAGUGUGUCAAGGAGACAGAGCAAGCAUACUGGGGUAUGGAUCGGGGCUUUCCCCUCUUCCCCAGCCAGUCCCGCAAAGAGAUGUUCUGGGGCAAUGAUCUGCCAGAGUACAUGCAACAUCAGUCCUUCUUCGUCCGAUGUGGACCCAAGGCCAUGUACCGACCCGGGGGUAUGGACUUUGUGAGGCUGGAGCUGGAGAACGUCACCUCCAUCGAAGCAGGCUUUGUCUUUCCCGAGUUCUUCUCCACGAAUUACUACGAGCUGAACACCAUGGACGUACACCUCCAAGAGCUGUUCACAAACCUCCUGAAGUACUGGAUUGCCUUCGCGGAUGUGGACGGCUACCGGGUGAGUGCAGUGUCACACAUCACAGCAGAUUUCUCAUCCUUUCUCGCGACCAACCUGCGCUACUACGCAGCCGCCCUGAACAAGAACAACUUCUUCGUUAUCGGCGAGGUCCAGCAAGCCACCACCCCAUUCGGCUUCAUGCACGUAGGCAAGGUCCAAGGGCCUAUGGGGCCCCAGUACUUGCCCAAAAAGGUCCAGGGCGUGCUGGAUGCCAUGUGCCCCUACUACAGCGCCCUCUCGCCACAGACACCCGGGUUCCUGGCAACCUUUCCCGUGCAGGAGUCCUUCUUGGUCAGGGAGGUCGCUGCAGGCUCCUCCAAGCCGAUGGACCUCUACGACCGCGAGGAGUGGCAGGUGGCGGUGGCCCGAUCCCGACAGGUUCUCGUGUCCCAGGGCGACAUUCACUCCAGCAUGGCUUCGGCAGAGUCGAAGGAUACCCCGAAGCUGUUAUCACAGCAAGGGGGCAACUUUGCGGAUGACAUCUGGCGGCUCCAGGUUAGCUUGGCCUGGAGCUUCACCUGGUACGGGAUUCCGGACAUCUACAAUGGAGCCGAGAUGGGCUUGAAUGGCGUCUGCUAUCGCAAUUCCCAGGAGCAGAAGGAGAAGAAGGCAGCUAUGGUGGCAGCAGGCAUGAAGGACGAAGUGGCUGAGGCGAUCCUGAUCGGCUGCGACUACACUUCCUUUGGGGACCGGAUGGACCCGGGCUUCUGGCGACAGGAUAUGUUCUCUUCAGGGCCUUUCCGCUUGGGAUCGGCCGUGCCCAGCAUCCAAGCCCAGGCCGGGAUUGGCUCUACAUUGCAGGGUGCAAGCAGCCCGCACUGGUGCUCGGACCCAUUGCUGGAUACCAGGAACCCGGUGUAUCGGCUGACGCGAGCCCUGAUUCGCAUGCGGAAGGCCUGUUACCCCCUCCGCACCGCGCUGGACUUCCCCGCCAAGGCCGUGGACGGCCCCGAGCAGGAGCUUGCCUAUUGGAAGUUGGACGACUCCAAGGGUCCGGCGGGGUCGCCGCAAGCCAUGCUGGUGGUGCUGAGGAUGGUGGAGACUCCCAGUGCCGAUUACUCCAAGUAUAUCUUCCCGAAUCUCGAACAGCCAUAUCCAGAGGGUCAAGCCUUUGUGGACCUCUUCAACCCCUCGAGGCUGGCAGUGGUCUUCAUGGACAACAACGUCUCUUAUCUGCUGGUGCCCGGGAACUUGGCCACAAGCCACGUGGCCAUCUUCGCACCGGUGGGGUCUGUGCAGGCCGACGACAUCGGGGACUGGUCCGUCUGCAAAGGUGUCACUUUGCCGCCGCUUGAAGAGUACAGCUGCGAGACUCAGUCCUCUUGGUUCCCUAUGUGGGGAACGAUGACCACGACCAUCCUUUGGAUUGCUGCGGUGUUGCUGAUCUUGUCGGUGAAUGCCCGGACAAGCAUCUACUUGAGCGUGGUCAUGGAACCCACUCCGCCGAGCAUCUCGCAGCCCCCGGGUGUGCGCGUGGAGCCGCGGCAUAUCCUCGUGGCGGCCAUCGAGCACACCAUUCCCGAACGGGGCGUGAAGGUCAGCGCCGGUGGGCUCGGCAAGGUCCUGGACCAGAUGCUGAAAGAGCACCCUCCGGGAGUCAUGAGCCUGGUGCACCCCAUGUUUGGCGAUGUCGACUACGGCCCUAUGGAUGAAUGCACGAGAUUCAGCAUUGUUGUGGACGGCAAGCCCCAGGAGGUUGGAGUUUACACCAUGCAAAGUGAUUUCGAGGGCAUCACCAGAGUGUGGUACAUCCUGAGCCAUGAGUACUUCACCAAGAAAGUGAAGACACAGCCAUACCCCCCCUCCAUGACCAAAGUCUCGACUCUGCGCUACUUCUCUCUAUGGAACCAAGCAGUGGCUCUUCUCUUGAGCGAGCUUGCUCCGGAUGUGUACCAUUGCAUGGAUUAUCAUGCUGCAAUGGCUCCACUCUACCUGUCUCGAGAAAAGCAGUUGCCGAUCAUCCUUGUGUUGCACAAUGCGGAUUACUGUGGCGUCAUCGAGACGGAUUUCAUUUGUGAUCGGUUUUGGAAGACUGUGAGCUCGCUGCGCCGUCUAAGCCUCAUCUUCAACAUUGAGAUCUCCACGAUCCGGAGAUACUGUAUGUUCGAGGGUCGCUUCAACAUGUUGAAGGCAGCCGUGACCUACAUUCGGGAAGUCCAGAAAGGGCACGGGAUCUGUGGUGUGGCCUACAACUAUGCCGUGGAGCUGGCACGUGAGAAGACUCUUUUUGCGGGCAUACCUCACAUCAUUGCGCUGGACAACGCUACGGAUCCCGCCGAUGCCCAUGCAGAGAUCAGUGAGCUCAAGGAGAGGCGCUUCAUUGCAAAAGAGAAGCUGCAGAAGGAGUGUGGCUUGGAUUUGGACCCAGGGGCGAAGAUUCUGAUCUUCAUCGGCCGCUGGGUGAAGCAGAAGGGAGUGGAUCACAUCGCCAUGCUGACCCCGGUCUUUCUCAGGAGUCACCAGGAUGUUCAGAUCGUCCUCGCAGGUCCCCCAGAUGAUGCUUGUGGCAGAUAUGCUGGCGAGCUGCUUGCUGGACUGGGUGAUGAGUUCAAGGGCAGACUCUUCGUCUGCACGAAGUUCUUCAAGCUGAGUGAGGAAUGCCGCCGCGGGGCGCAUCUUUGCUUUACCCCCUCCUGCUCCGAGCCUUUCGGCUACGUGGACGUGGAGUUCGGCCUUCUCGGGGUUCCCUCCGUGGGUUGCGCCAUUGGAGGCCUCGGGAAGAUGCCCGGGAUCUACUUCCGCCAGCAAAACUCCGAUGAUGCCAAGAGCCUCAUCGACUCCUUCUUCUGCGCCGUGGACUACGCCUUGAAUAUGAAUGAGAACGACUACUGGAAGAUGGCCAGCAAUGCGACAACUGCGGAGUUCCCUUUCCACACCUGGCGCGAGAAUCUCAUUGGCGCUUACACAGAGGCCUGCACCAACUUCCGACGGUCCUCAGGUGCCUCCCUGACUCUGAACCACCUCUGGGUGAGGAAAGGGGCCACGACUGCCGUGCAGGAGGCGAUGGCACCACGGCGCGAUAGCGCCCUGAGACGUAUGUCUUCAACUGCACAAGUGGCCCACCAGAUGCAGGUGUUGGACAUCUCCGAUGAUGCGGAGUUCCUGACACAGGGUGUCAGUGAGGAGCGAGUCCAGGAGAUUAUGAAGCAGGCCAUGGCGAACAAUCGAGGAAAGGUGAAAGAUGCGGAGACGCUUCAGAGCUACAUCUGCCAGGCGGAACAGCGUCUCACCGAGAAGAGCCCGCUGUCGCUCUGGCUGAUGAAGCCCUUCCUCCGGGGCAUCUGCCUCCGCAUCCACGUGGUGAUUGCGCUUGGCUACAUCUUCUCCCCCGUCGGCGAGGCCCUGCUGAAGACCUUGGAAAUGCGGGCCAUGGCGAACUCGGGCGCCUCGGAACAGGCCCUCUGGACGGUCUUCUACGCAGGCUCCGCGGUCGGCUGCCUGCUUUGGCUCUUCCUAUCGAAGGGCAUUCCUCCGAAUCUCCUCAUGGCCAGCGCCCAGCUCUUGAACAUGGUCUUCUUUGUGCUCGUUCCCGCACUGCCCGAGGAGCUCUUCGACAAUGCUGUGGUCACCUUGACUUACCUUGGCCUCUGCGGCGUGCAGAGCACCUCGCGCCUGCUCUUCAUCAUCUGGAACUUCAACGAGGACUUUCACGGAGGCUUCCAGGUGGCUGCCCGGCGAAUCGGAGUCCUCGAGUCCCUGCGCUCGGGCGUCGCGUGGAUUGCCGUGACCCUGAGCUAUGCAGGAAUGGACUAUAUCAAUAAGCAGCUGGUGCUCGUGGUCUCGCUGGCGACUUUGGUCCUGCUCUUCAAAGCGCCGCAUUGCUAUGCAUCCUACGUGCUUCCAAAGACGGAGCUGCUUGAGGGUAUGACCCACAAGUCCUUCAUCAUGUUGGUUGUGGCAGAGGCCCUGAAUACUUUGACCUCCUACUCCUCGCAGAGCUUCACGCAGUGGUGGACUCUGAACGGUUGGGAGCCUUCCGAGAUUGCAAUCUUUGCUCUGACUGUUGGUCUCGUUGGUCCUGUGGCGCUUUCUGUGAUCUUCUUCUUCCUGACUCGGAUGAACAAGUGGGGUCCCUGGGCCAUGCGAGACUUCAGUUGUCUGUUGCCGCCGGGAUCGCUUCUACGUGCCCUGUGCUUAUGGGACCUGGGCUACCUGAACUUCCGGUCGGAAACCUUCGUUGUGGCAAUCUUGGUCUCCGUGGGCCUAGAUGUGGCCCGCGGGGCAGCGGUGUGGUGCUCCAUCAUGACCAUCCUUGGCAACAAAUGGUAUGCCCUGAAAGGCUGUUAUAUCUGCCUUACCCUGAUCUCGGCAUGUGCAGCGCUUUCGCCCAUGACCGGGCAUUGGAUUGCGCAGACUGCCACACGGACGUCGCCGCUGACAGACACAAAAACUCUGGAUCGUCCGAUUUCUGGCAAGGGCUCCCUGGGAGAGGCGACCGCAUGGGCGGUGAUGCCAUUGGCUGUUGCAAGUUAUAUCUUCCAGCUGUUGGCAUGGAAGUAUUUCAACGGUGACAUCUUGACCUUCAAGGGUCACGGGAAUGUCUUGCCAGAUGGUAGUAUCACCGGCACGGAGUCGACCAUUCAGCGCAUCCCUGCAGCCGAGGUCAAGAAGAAGCGGAAGGCAGCCCAAAAGUGUCAGGGCAAGGAGGGCCCAGAGGAGCCGCAAGCCCCGGCUGAGCCUCUGGAACCGGUGCCGGAGGAUCCGAAGGCAGAAGUCAAGGAGGCCGUGAAGGAGGAAGAGGCGGAAACUGAGAGGAAGGAAGAUGCAGAGGUUCCCCAAGAACCCUUGCCUCAGCUAAGCCAAAAAAGCCAGAAAAGCGAAAAGAGCGGGAUGUCCCUGAAAGAAGAGGACUUUGGGAAGGUUCCCAGUUGCCCCAAGCAGCUCUUCGGGGACGCUGACGAGGUGGUGGACAACGAAGCAGAGGAGAUGGACUUUUCAGCGGACAUCGUUCCGCCCGAGGAGAAGCCUCUUGAGUCAGCCCGGCGAGGCCAAGAGAAGAAAAACACCGAAGGAGGCCGUAUGUCCCAGCUUCUGAAAAGGGCCACGUCAGUUUUCACGAGCCACCGAACGAAUGCUACCAAUCAGAGCAAUGCGGUGGACGAUAGAGAAGAGACUCUGCUGAGUGUCGCUGAUGAGCAGUCAAGACUCUGA